AUGUCCCGGAUUUUGGUAGGCGGAGACUCAUCCAGGAGAGCCAAUAAGGAGAGCACGUUCUGUCCCCAUGAGGCAACAGGGCAGCGCACGUUGCGUCGUAGCGGCCAAUGGGAGUGGAGGACGCUGAGGUACACGGCAAGAUCAGUCAAAAUGCAGACUCCAGUGGCUCUCCUUGCUUCUCCAGCUCUGUUCCGCUGCUGUUCCAGGGCUCUGGCAAGGCCGGUUUCCAUAUCUGUACUGAGCAGGCCUGAGACUCAGACUGUACAGCCCUCUGGUGUUUCCCAUCUACAGCUGGCUCACCGGGAGUUCCAAACAAGCACUACCUCUAGGGAUAUUGAUACUGCUGCUAAGUUCAUUGGUGCAGGUGCUGCCACAGUUGGGGUGGCUGGUUCAGGAGCAGGUAUUGGAACAGUGUUUGGCAGCUUGAUCAUUGGCUAUGCUAGGAAUCCCUCUCUCAAGCAGCAGCUCUUCUCCUACGCCAUCCUGGGCUUUGCCCUGUCCGAGGCCAUGGGACUCUUCUGUUUGAUGGUGGCGUUCCUCAUCCUGUUUGCUAUGUGAUAGCCUCUGGGCCAACCCAUAGCUUCCAUCACUCUGUGUCCUCUCCGGUUUGAGUCUGCCUCCUUCACCAGAGCGUUCCAGAUUUAUAAUUAAACAAAAGCUUUUCUCCUAAUAAA